AUGCACCAAAAAUUUCAUGCCCAUCCUCCCCUCGCCUCAAAGUCACCCCAAGCUGACUUCCACCACGACGCUCCAACCCGGGCCUUCACCACCCCCUCUGCCGACCAGGAGCUGCAAAGGCAGCUCACCUUCACCACGUCUUCCCAAAAGAAACGGAGGAUUACCCGCCCGUCGACUGAGGAGCACGAGCAGGACCAACAGCAGAACACGAGUCCCUCAGACCAAGUCCUGCCCUCGACAGAAGACGAACCAGAUCCAUCUUUUUCCUUCUCGACCACCUCCCCCUCUGGCUUCUCCACGCCAAUCUAUGUCCGGGGCGACUCAUUGCCUGCCUCUGGCAUCCCCCCUCGACUGCAAACCAACCACAGUCUCCGCUCCGUAACUGCCACCGACUACACCUCAUCUGCAGCCAGUUCCCCCUGCGCUGCCUCUGCCGACCUCUCCAUCGACAACGAUCGCGGGCCAGAAUUCCUUGAUUCUGGCGCAGCCCUGCCACCCUCAAAUCUGACAGGUGCCAGGGCCCAGUCUGCUCUGGUCAACACUCCCCACCGAGCCGUCAUAGGCGGAGCUGCCGACCUGCACCAACGAUCCUCAUCGCCGCUGAAACGCCGAGCUUCCAGCAUGGAUCCUCCGCAAGGCAUCGCGGAUGUGAAGGAGGAGGAUGUGGACAUGAUCACCAUUCCAGAGGCACAGCGGCAAAAACAAGAUCAAGAUUCCCCGAGGGAGGAAUCCCAGUCGGGAGUAGGCGAUGCGACCGGCGCCGAGACUGGGAGUACUGAUUCACAGCAGACCCUGGCUCCCGAGCAGGAACUUCCCAUCCGGACUGGUAACCCCACCCACACGAGCAUGCUGAUGGACCCCAAGCUUACCCAAGUUUCAGAUGCUGUGCCUCCUGUUGCUGAGCAGAUCAAGACCAUCGAGAUCCUCGUGAAGCGAUUUGCAGAGACACCAGUACAAGAGGGGGACACUGCUUACUUGGUAUCGAGGCAGUGGCUCGGCCGGGCCCUAGCACUUGGCUCAAAGGGUGCUACGAAGGAAUUAUCGACCGACUCUUCCUCAGGGCCAGGGCCAGUCGACAACUCAGACAUCAUCCACUCCAUAUUUACCGAUGCGACUGGCGUAGAGCUCGUCAAGCUGAAACCUGGGGCGGGCGUUGAGAACUUUGAGCUCUUCCCCAAGGAGGCUUGGGACCUGUUGGUCUCAUGGUACGGCCUGGCGGCCAGUCAGAAGCCCAUUGCUCGGACAGCACACAACACGGCGCAGGACUCGAUAACCCCCUCCAACGUACAGUUCGAGUUCCACCCCCCAGUAUUCACCAUCCACAGGCUAUGGUCGGCAAACAGCCCUCUGCCCAUCGAACAGCAGCUGAAGGAACGGAACCCAGCACCGGCUGUCAUAGUCCACAGCACUGCGUUUAGAUUCCACGACUUCCUCAAGCAGGUAAAGCAGCAUGCAGGGGUAGCUCUGACCCAAAAGAUUCGUCUCUGGAGAGUGCUUCAGACCCUCCCCACCGACGAGCCCUCGAGCAAGCCGUCGGGGAUUUCCACGCCUCCCGAUUCUCCCGGGCGUGAUAAUAAUGCCACUGGCACUUCCUGGCCACGCCUCCUCCUUGAGGUGGACCACUUUGUGAAGCUGGAGAGAGGCGUCGAGAGGGAUUUGGUGGAGGGCAACGACACAACACAUUAUGCCAGGUACAAUGGGAAUAGGUCCCUGGCGACGGUAAACCUCACGGUAGACCAGACAUUGGUCAUUGACGAGUACGUUGAUAACAACAUUAAUGUCUCAAAUUACCUGCCAAGAGGGGCUGGGAAGGACACGGCCUUGGCCCCGCGUGGCAGCUCAUCCAGCCUCAUGGCCCAGGCCCGGGGUAAUGCGAGUGGGAGGAGCAGCCCUGCGCCCCAAGGGCCGGCCACCAGGGGUCGAACCCAGCAGCAAAAGUCGGGACGGACAAUCGGCUGUGUUGGCUUGCAAAACCUGGGAAAUACUUGCUAUAUGAACUCGGCCCUGCAGUGCGUCCGCAGUGUCGAGGAACUCACAAAGUAUUUCCUGUCCCGCGAGGCCGAAAAGGAGAUCAAUCCGGACAACCCCUUGUCGCACAACGGCGACGUUGCUAGAGCCUACGGCCGACUACUCCAGGAGAUAUACAAAGACCCCCCGCCCUCCUCAGUGGCGCCAAGGCAGUUCAAGGGCGUCAUCGGGCGGUAUGCGCCAUCCUUCUCCGGGUAUGGCCAGCAGGACUCCCAGGAAUUCCUUGGCUUCCUUCUCGACGGCCUCCAAGAGGACUUGAACCGGAUCAAGAAAAAGCCGUACAUCGAGAAGCCGGACUCGACUGACGAGAUGAUCAACAACCCCGAGGCUAUCCGAGAGAUGGCAGAGAAAGUAUGGGACAUCACCAAGAAACGCGACGACUCAGUCAUUGCCGACCUCUUCACCGGCAUGUACAAGUCAACCCUUGUCUGUCCCGUCUGCGCAAAGGUCAGCAUCACUUUCGACCCCUUCACCAAUCUGACCCUCCCGUUGCCCGUCGCCAACGCGUGGAGCCGGCUGGUCAAGUACUACCCUCUCAACGAUGCCCCGGUCCAUAUCGCCGUCGACAUCGACAAGAACAGCAGCUUCAAGGUGCUGAAGGGAUUUAUCUCGGCUCGCGUGGGCGUUCCGGUUGAGCGACUCGGCGCCGCAGAGGAGUACAGGAACAAGUUCUUCAAACUGUACGAGGAUGCGUCCUCGGUAUCGGAAGAGGUCCAGGCCAAUGACCUGGCGGCCGUUCACGAGCUGGAAGCCGUCCCGACAAACGUAGGCAUUGCCCCGAAGCCCAAGAAGAAGAACCGGUCGCUUCUCGACCUAGAGGCCGAACCCGAAGAUGUUUCCCCCCCGUGGGAUGAUCCAGCGGCCCAACGGCUGCUAGUUCCCGUCGUCCAUCGCCUCAUCUCUGAAGAAUCCGGAUACCAGAGACGUGCUGCUCGCAAGGGCCCGCUAGCUUCGCCUCCGCAUUUCAUCAUGUUGACGCCACAAGAAGCCCGUAGCGAGGAUGCAAUCCGCCGCAAGAUUUUGGAGAAGGUGGCCACGUUCACGACGUGGCCCGAGUUCGCGAGGAUGGACGAGUCGGAGACGACGGACAACACCGAUGCGGAUAUAGUGAAUACCUCAUCGGAUGCCGACUCGGCUGGGGAUUCCAACGUCGUCGCAAAGUCUGUCGAGGGCGAAGAGGGCUUGGUCGACGUCACCAUGAACGACGUCGAUAACAACCAAAAACCCGCCGCUUCCCCGGCUUCCCAAGAGUAUCCCCACCUGCUUAAGAAGUUCAACAGCCGCCGGCCUAAGUGGUUGGACCCCCGCCAAUUCCUCGACCCUAACCUGCAGAAUCUCUUCGAGCUGAGCUACUUUACCGAAGGCAACGCGUCGAUCCCCAACGGAUGGCAGGUUGUUCAGGACGAAAAUCGCAUGCCGAGGUUGAGCACGAGGCAGCCCAAGCAGGAGCUCCUGGAGCUCGAGGAUGCGCAGGGUGUGGGAGCGUACCCAGCUUCUGACGACAGCGGGAGCGAGGAUGCCGCCUAUCCCGAAGCCAAUCCAACCACGCGCAUGGUCGACGAAUCGAGCGAGGAAGAUUCCGACUUCCCCAAGGCCAAGAAUCUAAACCCGCGUCCGAACGGCAAUAGGUUCAACCAAAUUAGCGGCCGGAGCAAGAAGAAGAUGAAGCCUCACAAGACCUAUGGUAAAAAGGGCAAGAGACGUCUAGCGAAGCAAUUGCAUAGCUCUUAUCGUGAACCGUCUCCGGAUGUGGCGGAUUCGGAGGUAUCAGACGAGACAGAGGGCGGUCCCCUCGUCCGCCUCGGCGAGGGCCUUGUGGUCGACUGGAGUGAGCAGGCAUGGGAUUGCCUCUUCGCUGGAGAUCCCCAGGAUGACAUGCGAGGCAUGCCGACCUUUGUUGAUGUCCCGAAGCUUGACGAUCCGGCGCUGGAGGCCAAGAAGAAAAAGGUUCAAGCACGCCGCAAGCACGGUAUCAGCCUAGAUGACUGCCUCGCCGAGUUCGAGAGGGAGGAGAUACUGUCGGAGCAGGACACGUGGUACUGCCCUCGCUGCAAGGAACAUCGCCGUGCGACCAAGAAGUUCGACCUCUGGAAGACUCCGGACAUCCUGGCGGUCCAUCUGAAGCGAUUCAGCUCCGCCGGCUAUCGUAGGGAGAAACUAGACAUCCUGGUCGACUUUCCGGUCGAAGGCCUGGACCUGAGCCAGCGUGUCAUCCACAGGGAGGACGGAAAGCAAGAGGUUUACGAUCUCAUAGCUGUCGAUGACCACUGGGGAGGUUUAGGCGGGGGACACUACACGGCAUUUGCCAAGAACUUCGUCGACGAACAGUGGUACGAGUACAAUGAUACUUCCGUAUCAAGGCAGAGCGACGUCUCAAGGAUUGUCACCAGCGCCGCGUACCUGCUCUUCUACCGGCGACGCUCAGAUACCGCCCUGGGCGGACCGAGGUUCCAGGAAAUCCUGAGCAAGUAUAACAACCAAGCCGACCAAGCCGACGAUGACGAAAUGUCGGAUUCGGGGGAAGGUCAGCGUCUCGGCCAAGGCUCCUCCCUUCGUGGGUCGUCGAGCGCUUUGACAGGAGCCGGUCUAACUCCCCAGGACGGAGAUCGUGGUUCGGCUAGCGGCUAUACCGAUGGGCUCGGAAGGUCUAUCCAUUCGGAACCUGGCGUGGAUAGACCUCCCGCGUACACGGCAACCUACAACAGCAACCUCGAGGAACUUGUCGAGGCCUCCGACGAUGCCUCUGGGGACGCCCCCGACGCCGAGUCCAUGUCGGGGAUGGGUAUUAUUCAAUGGGAUAAUAGCCCCGUCCGUCACAGUCCUGAAGCGCCCGCGGAGGAUGAGGGCAUCGAUAUGGAGGAAUUCCGGGGACCUAGCGCCCGCCAGAGCACAAUUGACGCCAUGACCAAUGUCAUGUCAGCCAACUGGAACUUCCAUGCCCUGGACGCCCGGGCUCGAUCCGAAGCCGAGAGUGAUUUCGACGACCUCGCAAGUGACAGGGCCCAGAACGACUCCUCGGACGACGGUCGGGCAUCUUUUGUGGCAGCCGGGGACCACCCCGACGUGGACCCGAUGCUCGAAGAUAAUCCAGAGCCCGGUGCCGACUACGUCCUGCCCGAUCAAGCCGAACCCGACUCCCCGCGGUACAACCUGCCGCCGCCGCCACCGGCAUUCGAUGACCAGGCCCACCUGCACCAGAUCACCGAAGGAGUCUGGGACAGUAAGGUAUAUAAGGUCCCUGUCGACCUGGGGGAUCCGGAAGAUGAUGCGAGCGACAAGGUUUAUGAGAUCCACCUCGGAGACGAGAAGGUCGACAAAGCGGAUACUAAGAAGGUCUAA